AUGAAGCUGUUGGUCUUGCUCUUACUUCCUGCAUUCGUGAUGAGCCUGGGAGUACAGUAAGUAAACAAUACUACCACAAAGUAACACUAAUUUAGCGAUAGAUGUUUGGCAGGCUUUGCGACCAUGUCUACUAUCUUAGACAAGUACAUCAAGAACGAGGAACUACGACACAAGUGCGUCCGGUACUUUGACGAUGGAUUGCGAAGACGAGUAAGUAUUAGAACUUAAUUUUGUCAUCGUGUACUAACAAAACAAUUUUCUGUGUAUGCAUAUUUUAAUAAAUACCGUUGAUAUAUUAAAGGUAUAUUGUGUAUAAUUAAUUUCUUUAUUUUUAUUCUUUUACAGUGCACACGCUUCGACAAUUGUCAUAACCCAUGUAUAAUGCAGGCAUUAAUGUGCAUCAGAUACCAGUACGCUACUGAGAGAAUGGUCUUGGUUGGCAGCGAAUGUUGUACAAAAUGUUCUAAUUAA